UCCACCCGCGGCGACACGACCUUAAUCGCUACCUAGGGAGCUGCUCGACGGCGCUCUUGACUGUACGCACACUCGACAUAGGACGCGAAUAUGGCGCGGUUUAGCUGGAGACAGCUUCUCAGGUGGGAUCAUCACGUUACGCGAAACCAUCACGACUGGUCAAUCCAUGAGUCUCGCCGUGAACUCCUCCCUACCCACCGACACGAGUCCGUCGAGUCCGCCAUCGCCGCCCCCGAGGUAACCAAGAUCGCGCUGCGUCUCCGCUAUCUCAUCGAGCAAUGCGUGCCGUACGAGGUUGAAGAACGGCAAAUCACCAAGGCCCAUAGUAGGAUCAUUACGCCGAAGGUCGUUCGGGCGGCGAAGGAAGCUGGUGGGCAGGAAAAUCGAUCAUGUGUCGUCUAUUGUCUCCUCGUUGUCCAGAACUGGUUCCACCGUCAGUCGCUCGUCGAACUGUGGGACGCGCAGCUUCAUCAAGCUCGCGCCGUCGCUUGCGAGAUUAUCGCGAAGCAGAUCAUCGAAGCCGAGGAGGAUAUGGGCUAUCUGCUGCAUUCUGUCCUCCUGAAACGGUACUCGAUCAUCAUUGACGGCGAAGCUACACAUCCCGUCAACGUGAUCGAGAAGGCGGUAGACCUCCACGCGCUGCUCGUGAUCGGCUCUUCGGGCUAUCAGAAAUGCAUCAGCUACCUGUGGAAGGGCUGGCUCGUCCAGGAUGAGGACGACCCCUCAAAUUUCGUCGAUUACCGAGACCGCGACAACACCUCUUUCCUGGCGCAUCUGGACCCGGAUCGCAUGCGUGCGCCCGUGUACCAGAAUGGCCUGCAACUGGUUAUAUCCAUCAUAUACCUUGCCCUGUAUACUGGUGCUCUCAGCACAAUCAACCCCACUGGCCACCUGGACUUCGUCGAAAUCCUUCUCUACCUCUUCACAUUUGGAUUCGUCUUUGACGAGCUCACCAAGUUCUAUAAGGCCGGGUACCACAUCCUCGGUUUUUGGAACGCGUUUAACAAUGUCCUAUACACGUUGUUGAUGGUUUCGCUCGUGAUGCGCAUCGUCGCCUUCACUCAUCCUUGGGACGAUGGCCACUCCCGCGAAAAAUAUAACCAAUUGUCGUACAACUUCCUCGCCUUUACCGCGCCCAUGUUCUGGCUUCGAUUGUUGCUCUACCUGGACUCGUUCCGCUUUUUCGGCGCCAUGCUUGUUGUUCUCAAGGUGAUGAUGAAGGAGAGCAUUAUCUUCUUCGCUUUGCUUGUAGCCGUCCUUCUCGGUUUCCUCCAGGCUUUCGUCGGGAUGGACUUUGCCGAAGAUAUGACCGGAGAAAGGACCAUUUUUAUUCUUCAGGCCAUGGCAAACGCGAUUAUGCAAUCUCCCGACUUCAGUGCCUUCGAGCGCUUUAGUCCCCCUUUUGGAAUCAUCUUGUAUUAUCUCUUCACCUUUGUUGUCAUGGUUAUCUUGCUGAAUGUCCUUAUUGCACUUUACAACAGCGCGUACGAGGAUAUUUAUGAUAACGCCAAUGACGAGUACCUUGCCCUCUUCUCGCAGAAGACCAUGCAGUUUGUUCGCGCUCCCGACGAAAAUGUCUACAUCGCUCCGUUCAACCUGAUCGAGAUAUUCCUCGUAGCCAUUCCUUUCGAGUGGUGGAUGCCUAGGACGCAGUACGAGCACCUUAACGACAUCGUGAUGGGGAUUAUAUACUCACCCCUGCUUUGCUGUUCCGCCUUGUUCGAGGUCAGGAUCGCCCGGGAAAUCCAACGCAAUAGGAGACGGGGCGAGGACGACGAAGACACGGAGCAAGAGUGGGAGCAGAUGGCGCACGAAGUCGACUUCGAAGGCGAAGGCUGGACCAAGAAGGUGGCCGACAGCAAGGCCAACAUCGAGGAGCACCCCGCCGUGCUCGAAGUCAAGAAACUGAGAGGCGAGGUAGGAGAGCUCAGGGCGCUUCUCGAGAACUUGACCAAGACUCUUGAAGCCAGAGCUGAGAGUUAGGGCCUAGCCUAGAUCAGAGCUGCCCCCCGUUGCUACUCAGGACUAACUUUCACUUCAUAAAAGUGUCGGAACACACUCGAGUCUAGAGGUUUUCAUCAGAUACAAUUGCAUAUAUG